AUGAAGGCACGGCAACCCAGGAAGAACCACAUCAACAUGCACGACAUCAUUGCCGCCCCGCUUGGCGCCCUGCCUGGCGCCGUUGACGCCAUUCUGCGACGACAAGAGGACCUAGACGAUGUCGAGGUGCAGAGCAUUUUCAAAGAGGCCUCUUUCAUUUUUCUUCGGGCGGAGGAGGCACUGGCAUCGCGGGAUGCAGAUGCGUUUUGUGUGCUUUUUAAGCUGUUCUCAGAGGGGUUCGCCCACAAUGAGAGUUCCUUUGGAAAAGGCAUAGAUACUUUUGGAGAAAAUGGUGCGCUUCUGCAAACUUUGCGUGACAUUUUCCGCGUGGCGGUGGAGCAGCGGGCUUUCCCUUUACAGAGCCUCGCCGUUGUUGAACUUGUGCAAGUAGUUGGUAGCCUCUGCGAUGGCAGUGCCAUCAAAGAUGCAUGUGGUGCGUUGUUUAUGGAGGGACUCGCGUGUAUGUUGGAUGACAUAUACCGUCGCAGCGUUGAGGAGGCCCAUGCGAGUUUUUUGGCGCAACGGGCCGCAGCAACGGCCCUCAUUAAUUUGGUGAAGGGCUCCAAACAGAAUAAGCAGCGGAUUAGUUCGUGGAAUUUCUUGGCAGACUGCUGUGCACUGAGCGUGGACGUUUUUUUUCAGCUGCAGUGUAUCGAGCUUUUGUUUCGCCUCUCACGCUACAACAAGUCCCUGCUGGCGCAAAUUUCCAGCCGUCUUCGUCCUCGUGUGCUGGAUAAUAUUCGCCAGUUACCGAAUGACUCAACAUUGUUGACAAAAAUGGUGGAGCUGCUGCACGACAUCAACGAUGAGCGGGAAGACAUCUUGUCAUUUCCAGUGAACCGAGCAGACGUGGCUUACACGACGAUCAUGGAGAACACUUCAUCGUAUUUCACAAUGAACUACUUUGUUGUGCUUAUGACGUCAAGCAACGCUGACAACGUCACCAUUCCCUACCGGUCGAUUCGGUCGGUAACGCUUGGCAAGGAUGGACGAGUUGUUUUUCGUCUGGACGAGUUUCCGACGAAGCUUGAGGCACUAUUGAGCCAUACACCGGGUGAGGACAGCAUUGUACUUUUCAUGACGGUGGACCAGCUCGCCCUCUUUAAGGAAUCCCGCAUACGCUCUUGGAUUCUGUCCGCGUUGGAUGCCAAGAAAGGACGCAAGCGGAACAGCACACAUGCCAGUAACGGGGCUGUGGCCACGUCUCCCUCAGCCUUGCACGACGCACGCACCGAGAGAGAGGCGAAGAGACACCGAGCUGAUUCCCUGCAGCUGACAGGUAACGAUUCCCAUGUGUUAGCCAUCUUCCAGAAGAUCAUCAAGGCAUCCGAUGAUGAUGCAAGUGUUGUGGUUGAAAAAAUGAAACAACUUGUCAACAGUAAAAAUGAGUUCAGACAUCAAGAAGUUGCAGCCAUUCUCAAUGCCUCGAUGAACGACAUUCAGAGGAUGGUGGAUGAGGGGCAUGUGGCCACCGAUGGCGCCCGUGCAGCUCUUAGAGAGGGCGUGGAAGAGAGCAUCCAGAGCAUAGAGCAGCGACUUUUGGCUUCCCAAGCAAAAGCCGCAGAGGCCGUCGAGAAGCUGAAUCUUGCACUUCAAGAACUGAAGGGCAGCAAUACGGCCAUUCAUGAACAGAUAGCGUGCAUAGAGAUUAUGUUACAACAGUCACUGGAGGUGAGCCGCGAGGAGGAGGCGAAUGCGUGCAAAUUGCUGAAGACUGAGGGCGAGGAAACUACUGAACGACUUGAGGCACUUCUCGACCGCCAUCUUAUGGGGCAAUCAAACCCAAUGAAUGUGAUAUCUGAGUUUCUUAAAGCCAGUGCAGCCUGA